ACAGGGCUAUGAAGAACUGGAAAGACAGCUGAAAGAAGUCUUUAAGGAAAGGAGCAAUAUCCUUCGUCAACUGUCGAAGACAUCUAAAGAACUUGAGGGAAUUAAAGUAAACCUCCAGUCUUUGAAAAAUGAUGAAGCAUCAGCCAAAACUGAUGUGCAGAAACUUCUGGAACUGGGCCAAAAGCAAAGGGAAGAAAUGAAAUCUCUCCAGGAGGCCUUUCAAAAGCAGCUUAAUGAAGCAACUGAGAAAGCAGAAAAGCAGCAGGCUACCAUUAACUUUCUGAAGACUGAAAUGGAAAGGAAGAGCAAAAUGAUCCGUGACCUCCAAAAUGAGAACAAAAGCCUCAAAAACAAGCUCCUGUCAGGAAACAAACUUUGUGGUAUUCACGCGGAAGAGUCAAAAAAGAUCCAAGCCCAGCUGAAAGAGCUUCGUUAUGGGAAAAAGGAUUUGAUCUUUAAG